AUGCAUCCAGACUCCUGCACUGAGUACGACUCGUCCUCCAGCUGUAGCACAGCAUCGCCUGGCGGGGACACCCCUGGGUGCAGCCAGCAUCCUCCUGACUCGCUUUCAUCAUCAGUGGACGGCGCCAAGGACAGUGACACCAGCGCAUCAGACUCCUUUGUUCCGACCGUGACUGCCAUCUCGACCUCGCCGGAUCUGAAGUGGAUGGUGCAGCCGACGGUCCUCACAUCUGUCUCCCCGGCGUCCGGACGCGCCAAGACCAAAACGCACGGAGCGAACCAUCGGCCGUCGUCAGGUGCAAACAAGGCGAAGCCCUCCAGCAGGAAGGGCCAGAGAGAGCAGCCCUCCAAAGAGGAGGAGGAGAGGCGCAAGAUCAGGAGGGAGAGGAACAAGAUCGCUGCGGCCAAGUGUCGCAACAGACGGAGGGAGCUGAUAGACACUCUACAGGCUGAAACCGACGAGCUCGAGGAGGAGAGGUCCACCCUCCAGACGGAGAUAGCCGACCUGCUGAAGGAGAAGGAGAGGCUGGAGCAGGUCUUAGCCUCCCACCAACCAUCCUGCAAGCUCCCUGCAAGUGAUGCUGAUGAAGAGGAGGAGGAGGAGGAUAGGGAAGAUGGUGAUAGCAUAAUGAUGCAGAGUCCCCCGCCCUCCCCGCAGCUGCUGUCCAUCGUGGAGAAUGGGAAACCACCAGAGAGCAAUACAGCAAUGGGAGAAGCCCCUAUAAUUGGCCCAGACAUGGAUGACGUCCCUUGCAUCCCCGCCGCGGCCAUCUUGGGGAACUCCAACAUCCUCCUGUGCUCCAGCGUGGAAGAGGAGGCUCUGGAGGACUUGAAAGGAGACGACCUGGACGACCUGGUGCCCAGCCUGGAGAUGGCGGUGACCUCCGAGACGGCCUCAUCCGUCCCCGACAUAGACCUUAGCGGCCCCUUCUGCCUCUCAGACUGGGAAACCCUGUACAAGUCUGUGGCGAGCGACCUUGAAUCUUUGAGCACCCCCAUCAUGUCUUCCAGUCCCACUUGUAGCAACUACCGCUCAGUGUUCUCCUUUAACUACCCUGAGAUUGAUUCCCUGGCCGACGGCUGCGAGGGCCUCAAAGGAAGCCUCGGAGAUAGUCUCAACUCUCCAACCCUUCUGGCCUUGUGA